CAGUCUGUUUCAUUUAGUUGCAACACUUGCUUUUCUUGUCAAACAAUCCCAAAACAGACUCGCACGUGGAAAUUAUAUUUUUAUACAAUUUAAAUAUUUAUUAAUUGUUUUUAAGUAUUAGUUAAAUCCUAAAUAAAUUACUUCAAAAUGGCUAUGUUAGCUGAACCUAGACAACGGAAACGUUAUAAUUUGGUACCCAGAGGAAAAGCAUUGUAUGAAGAUGAUAGCCGUUUCGGUACAAAAAUGCUCGAAAAGAUGGGCUGGGAAAAGGGCAAAGGUUUGGGUGCUAAAGAAGACGGCUCAAAGGAUUUCGUUAGAAUUCGCUAUAAAAACGAUAUUCUUGGUUUGGGCUUUGAACAUCGUGAUGAUCAGUGGACACAACAUGAGCAAAGUUUUAAUGGACUGCUGAAAACUCUUAACAAUGAAAACGUUGAUGACGAUGCCAAUAAGAAACAAGAGAAUGGUAAUGAAUCAGAUGCUGAGGAUAUGCCGCGUAUGGGUUUUGGUUUCCAAGAUAGCAGUGUCAACGAUGAAAAGAAACCAAAAGUUGAAAAGCUUAAAGAGAAAAUAAGUGGAAUUUCCUUGGAGGAAAGAUCUAAACAAAGUAAAGCCCGCGUACAUUAUAAGAAAUUUACCAAAGGCAAAGAUUUAGCUCAAUAUAGCGAAAAAGAUUUGGCCAAUAUUUUUGGCAAAAAAGCAGCAGAUGAGCAGAAAGCCGCCAAUGAUUUCUAUAGCCAACUAAGUAGAAGUUUUGAGAAAAAGUCAGAGGAAAUAAAUGAUAAACAAGAAGAUAAUGAAGGUGCUAAUAUAAUAAAUACCGGUGUUUCGGUUAAUGAUUAUUUUAAAACUAAAAUGGAAGCUAUAAAAAAUCGCAAAAACGGCCUCGAUAGUGGGGAAAAUAGUCUAAGCAUGAAAUCUGAAUCAAACGAGGAACAACUAGAGGAAGAAGAACUUACCAAGAAACAGAAAAAGAAAAACAAAAAGGAGAGAAAGGAACAGCAAUUGGAGGAGGAAAAUAAUCAGGAGCAGGAAAAGAAGGAAACCACUGACGGACUUAUGAUAUACAGCAAUGUGUCCGUAACGGAUUAUUUCAAAAUGAAAAUGGAAGCAAUAAAAAAUAAAAAGAACGGGUUGAAUAAUGCAGAGAAAAAUAUAGAUAACGCCUUAACAAACGAUCAAAAACAAGAACCGGAGGUUAUUAGGAAAAAGAAGAAAAGCAAAAAGGAACGUAAGGAUUUGGAAAUUGAACCAGAUAAUGGUGCUAUCAUCGAAGAGAAGAAAUCAAAAAAGAGAAAAAGCAAUCCAGAUCAAGAAACUGAAAAUAAUUAUGAAAUGGGAGAAGAAGCCAAAAAAGCUAGUGCGGAAGAUGUUAUAGAACUUGUAUCAGAAGAUACAACAACUAAAAUGGGUAAAACCGAAAAUAAAUCACAAGAACCUAUUGUGGAGCCUAUUGAAGAAGUCGAUUUAACAAAUAAAAAGUCAAAAAAGAGAAAACACAAAACUUCAUCAUAUGAAAACUUGAUGUCUCCCGAUAACACAGAGGGAACAACAGAACUUGAAUUAACACAAGAACCAACUAAAAAAAAGAAGAAAAAGAGUAAGGCUAAAGAGCCAAAAGAAAUAAUCGAAAUUGCUGAUAGUGACAAUGAAGAGAAGCCCCUUGAUGAAAAUGUCGAUAGUUUAACGCAAAAAAAGAAAAAGAAAUCGAAAAAAUCUAAAGAAUCUAACGAAAACUCAGAUAAAGAAAUUAGUUCUUCUACAACCAACCAAACUGUAAAUGCAUCCGACCAAGCCACAAAUAAGCCCGACAAAGUCAAGAGAAAAGAUGUAAGUGCAAAAAAAGCGUUCAUCAGUGAUAUUAAUGUUCAAAUGUUAGAUCUAGAUGAACUAAAGAAAAAAUACCAAGAAUAUAAUAUCUACCCAAUCUCUUCAUUUUGUGCAGAAAAAUUCCGCAAUAUAAGUUUAAACGACUUUACGGGCUCCAUACUACCUCACAUCGAAGGUUACGGUCUCGAUUCAAACCUGCAGCUGGACGUACAAAUGAACAAAAACGAUGAAGAACGCAUUACAAAUCUAUGGAAAGGUAUUCUAAGCAAGUAUGUUCAAUUGGAGAAACCGAAGAAAACCUAUAAUCACUAUGUAAAGGAAGUCAUCAGUGCCCGGAAAAGAAAACAAAGGGGUCCAAAACUUUUUAUUAAAACCUGGCAACGUAAAAAUGCCUUUCAAAUUGUAUAGUAUCAUUUGAAAAACUUUAGUUCUUUUAUAAUUUAGUAAGAAUGUGUAUGUAAGUUAUUAAGUUCAAAAUAUGUAUAAUAAAUUAAGUUUGUAACAUAUAAAUACAAAUAUUUAACUAA